UGUGUAACUGAGACUAGCAGGAGCUGAGGGAGUUUAAUUCCUGCCAGUUGCUUUAAAGUGGUGAAUGCCUCUAAGGACUUGAUUGUUAGGAUAUUCUGUUCUCCCUAUGGACUUAUGAUGCAGCGUCACCCAACCCUACUGGGAAUAAAACAUAGGAGAACGCCUCCAGCACCUACUGUCUCCAAGGUUUUCCCCUUUGGGCUUCAGUCAUGAAAGAUCGUUUAGAAGAGCUCCGUCUGCAGAUCAAAGCCAAUCAGCAACGUCAAGAUGAUUACUCUUUCAACCAACAUGAGGAGGAAGAGCCAAUGUCCUUUGUUGGCCGGUGGCCACAAGCUGUGCUCUUUGAGACUGAGCCGGUGCUGGAGAACUUCCUGGAUGAGGCCAAGCGUAUUCGUGACAGCCUUGAAGAUCUGGAGGCUGAGGUUAAAAAGUUCAGCCAGCAGCAGAGAAACUUUGUGGCCACAAUGCGGCGCCUCAGCGUCAUGAAAAAAGAGAGCAGCUUCACUCGGGCUAUAAAGCUGCAGGCUGAGAACCUACAUAAGAAACUCGAUGCCCUUUCAAAUCAGGUUAAGCUCACUGAGACUGCACUAGGGGCAUCAGCUGCCACAUCCCGCAUCCAACGUUCCCAGUAUGAUGCACUCUUCCACCGGUUCCAGGAGAUCAUGCGUCAGUACAAUGACUCGCUCCUGAGCAAGCAAGACAAAUGCAAACAGUUCAUCAUCAGGCAGCUGGAGAUCUCUGGCCGAGAGGUAUCAGAGGAAGAAGUGGAAAAGAUGGUAGAACAGGGUAAGUGGGAUGUUUUUAAUGAGAACAUUCUGGUGGAUGUCAAGAUCACUCGCACACAGUUAUCUGAGAUAGAACAGCGCCACAAAGAACUGCUCACCCUUGAGAACAACAUGAAGGACCUAAGAGAACUCUUUUUAGAUGUUUUUAUGCUUGUGGAAGAGCAAGGAGUGCAAAUUAACAAUAUCCAGGCCAAUGUAGAGAAGACUGAGGACUAUGUAAUGGUUACAAAUGAAAAAUUCAAAUUGGCUUCGAGAUACAGGAGGAAGAACCCUUUAAGAAGACUGUGCUGCUGCUGCUGCCCAUGGGCCUGAAGGAGGCUACACUGUGUAGUAUGAAGGGCCUAGACAUAGAGUGAACUCGAGAAAUGUAUAUAAGCACGAACAAUGUCUGUAAUAAAAGUAAAACCCUAGCUUAAUUUAAUACAAGUAAAUUUGUGUAGGAUCAAGACCCCAGCUAUCAAUAACACAAAGGAUUAAUUUUGGUUAUGUAGAAAACAAUAUUUAUGUAUGAUAAAAAUGUAUAUUAUGUCUAGCCUACAUUUAUUUUGCUGUGGUCAACCGCAUUUCACUUUAGAAUUUAAUUUAAAUGCAUAUUGUUUGUGCGUGUGUGUGUGUGUGUGUGUGUGCAUUUUUUCAUUCAACACUGCUGUUUCAGAGAGAAAAAAAAAGACUUUGUUUGCUUCUUUUCUGUCAUGCUUUCUUUAUAAUUGUGUGUGAUGAUUUAAAAAAAGAUGUUUCAUGAUGACUAAAUAAUAAAUUAUGUGAAACAUUUACAUAAUAAAAAUAAAAUGUUU